AUGUCUCUCAACACUCCCGCUGCAGGGCAAUCUGCCCCAGUGAACAACCCGGAGGCUGUUGCGUACCAAGAGCGUGAUGCGUUAUACAACUACUCAACUGGUGUUGUUGAUGUUCCACAGGGCUACAAGUAUCGCCAGUAUCGCAUUUUCGGUUUCACGCUGCCUUGGUAUGCGUCGCCCAAGAUUCAAUUGGGUAUGGUUGCUUUUGUGUGUUUUAUGUGCCCUGGUAUGUUUAAUGCGCUCAAUGGGAUGGGUGGAGGAGGGCUCAAGGACACCAAGCUUGUGAAUGAUAUGAAUACCGCCCUAUACAGCACCUUUGCUGUUGUCGGCUUCUUUGGAGGCACGUUCGUCAACAGGCUUGGUGUCAAGUUGACACUGGCCUUUGGUGGUAUUGGCUAUGGCAUCUACACCAUUAGCAUCCUGCUCUAUACGCACUACGAAAACGACGUCAAGGCUUUCAACAUCGUUGCAGGCGUGCUCCUUGGUGUAUGCGCAGCUAUGCUUUGGACCGCCCAAGGAACUAUCAUGAUCUCGUAUCCCCAUGAACAUCAGAAGGGUCAUUACUUCGCUUGGUUCUGGGGAAUUUUCAACUUGGGAGCCGUCAUCGGAAGCCUUAUUCCCUUGGGUGGCAACAUCAACACUGAAAGCAAUCAAGAUGUUAGCGACGGCACAUACAUCGGCUUCAUCGUAUUAAUGUUCUUCGGUGCCGCAUUAGCCCUCCUUCUCUGCAACGCAAAUGAUAUCAUCAGAAAAGACGGAUCAUAUGUGAUUCUGAUGAAAAACCCAACAUGGCAAAGCGAGUUCUACGGGUUGUACGAAACCAUUCGCUAUGAACCAUUCGUUAUCUUCUUAUUUCCCAUGUUUUUCUCAUCUAACUGGUUCUAUGUAUAUCAGCAAAAUGUCGUCAAUGGUGCAUACUUCUCAACGAGGACCAAGGCGUUGAAUAGCCUCCUGUACUGGCUGGCGCAGAUCGCAGCUGCGACCAUAUGGGGGUACCUUUUGGAUUUGGAAUAUCUUCGUCGAUCUGUAAGAGCCAAGAUUGCAUUGAUUGUUCUUUUUAUCAUGACUUUCGUUGUCUGGGGAGGAGGUUUUGUUCACCAGAGAACAUAUACACGAGAGAUGUCGCAGGCCGAGGGCUUUGACACGGAUUGGAGGGACGACGGGUAUGUUGGGCCCAUGUUCCUUUACAUCUUCUACGGCUUUUAUGAUGCAGCUUGGCAAGCUACUGUUUAUUGGUUCAUGGGCGCUCUCUCAAACUCAGGCCGUCGCUGCGCAAACUACAUCGGCUUCUAUAAGGGCAUUCAAUCAGCCGGCGCAGCCAUCUCCAAUAAUCUAGACGCAAGAAAAGUAUCAUUUGAGGCACAAUUUAUCAGCAACUGGGUGCUCUUAGCUGCCUCGUUGAUUAUCGCAUCACCGGUCAUCUUUCUCAAGAUCCGAGAUCAUGUCGGUUUGGAGCAGGAUCUUGAAGGGACAGAUGAGACUAUGGCAGAUGUUGCACCGCAUGUAGUCGCCAACUCGGGUCAUGCUGGGGACAAUUUUGAAAGUAAGGAAUCGAGACGAAGAGUUCCUGGAUUUACUGCAGUCUAA